AUGUGCCGUUUGGAGUUCGCCGAUUCGAAAGUAAAAUCCGCGACGCUACUGUUCCGCAACAUAGUAUGGGACGUGUUCAUCUCCAGAGUGCGUGCUGAAGAGAAACAGGCCUUAGCUCCGCGCAGUAAGAUCGACGACCAGCAGCACGCAACAGAUCGGCCGCAAAGCCAACUUGGCGGGGCGGACAAUGCACCAUACGUCACG